UGACACGAGCCGUUCACUGAGCGGUGACGUCAGCGCGUUACGCACGGUCCUCGGCGCAGUCAUGGAGGAAGUAAGAGUGUUUCCCUUGACCUGUGCAGUGCAGAACUACGCAUGGGGAAAGAUGGGGCUGGACAGUGAGGUGGCCAAGCUGGUGGUUGGUGGAGACCCGCUCGCAGUCAUAGAGGUGGAUAAACCCUAUGCGGAGCUGUGGAUGGGGGCCCACCCCAAAGGCGACGCUCAGAUUAAGGACAACCGGAUCGCCCAGACCACCCUGGGCCAGUGGAUCGCUCACUACCCGGCCUGCCUGGGCUCCAAGGUGAAAGAGGCCUUUCAGGGUCAGCUGCCGUUCCUCUUCAAAGUCCUGUCGGUCAACACGGCCCUGUCCAUACAGGCCCACCCCAACAAGCUGUGUCAGGCCAACCCGUGUUUGAACAGAGCCGAUAUCAUUCAGUGGUUCAGCAAACAUCGUGCAGCAGGGAAGGACACUUCCAGCAGCAGUGGGGAUCUGCUGCUGCGCCUGCACUCCCAGUACCCCGGAGACAUCGGCUGCUUCUCCAUUUACUUCCUGAACUACGUGGUGCUGGAGCCGGGCCAGGCCAUGUUCCUGGGAGCCAAUGAGCCUCAUGCCUACAUCUACGGAGACUGCAUCGAGUGCAUGGCGUGCUCAGACAACACCGUCAGAGCUGGACUGACCCGUAAAUACAUCGACGUGAACACGCUGUGCGAGAUGUUGAACUACAAGCCUGCAUCUGCCUCCUCCAAGAUCUUCCCGUGCGUCCCCGACCCCGCUGACCCCUGUGUUACCCUGUACGACCCCCCGGUGCCGGACUUCACCGUCAUGAAGAUUCAGGUCCCAGCCUCGGUGAAGGAGUACACCAUAGCUUCCGUCGACAGCGCCAGCAUCCUGUUGGUCAUCCACGGCGACGCCACGGCCACCUCCGCCGCCGCUUUCUCCGACAUCACCCUGCGACGGGGGACUGUCCUGUUUGUCUCAGCUAAUGAGAGCGUGUCUCUGCAGAUCUCCUCCCAGUCGGGGAUGACCAUGUUUCGAGCCUGCAGCCUUCUGUAGCAUCCCGAGCUGGCCAUGUCGCUGCAGUUGGUCCGACUACUGACGUGCACUAAUUGGUAGGAGGUAUUAAAAACAGCAGAUCCAGUUUUUGUAACGGCAUCCAUUGCUCUUUUUUAACACCUUGAGGAUCCCAGCAGCGUUUUUAACAAUUCCAGGAUUAUGGUGCAGGGUAAUCAUCAGUUCUAACCCUUUCUUUACCUCUAGUGCCAUUGCAGCGUUUAAAUGAGAACCUGUGCACAUCCCAAGUUCUGUAUUGGUGCUGGACCUUACGUUAUUCCCAGAGCUCUGUAAUCAUUUCUGAAACAAACAAAAAUAAAAAUAAAGUCCUGAAUCAACAGCAGUUUCUCAUCAAGCAUCUUUGCUGUAUUAUAAAAUGUUUAGGCUCAUUUAUUGCACCACCUACUGGUCGUGUGAAGUACUACUUUGAAAACACAGCAGUGGUCUGUUUUAAAAAGCCAGCAACUGUCUUCCACUGGGAUCACCAGCAGAGGUAGCAAUCUAUGAAACUCUUAUCACUACAGUGACGAUGUAGGCUAGCAACAAGGAUUCCCAUGCAUGCCGAUAUUUAUUUAGAGCUGUCACACAUCUGAUUGUUUGCUUCCUGCCAGAUACAUUGAAACUAAACUGCAGAAUUUACUAGUUUGGAUCAGAGAUCACAUGCUUUUGGUUUGAAAACAGUGAUUAAUGUGGAGCUUCAGGAAUGCAGUUUUUUUUUAUUUUAUUUGCAGCUUGCAUCAGUGCUUGAUACGUUCAUAGCGACCCUUCUUGUACGACGAUACGCUGCAUGCAUGGGGAGGGUUAGGGUGUUGCUUUGGUGAAUCCGUCUUUUAACAGACAUGCUUGUCGCUUCAUGUUUUCCGUUUGAACUGCAGACUCUGGGUUUUCCGUCCAUCUCUGCAGGAUCACGUCGGUGCCUGAAGCUCCAACACUGUAAACAGAAACAGAGUUUUAAACCAAUAACGGAUUUUUCACAUCAUGCAGACGAUCAUUAUCCAUUGAGUUUACAGUAACGUCUUGAUAAUGUCUUGAAUUGGUUUUUGAUUACCGUGGUAACAGCUUCAGCAGGUUUUGGGGAUUCUCACCGUCUGCUGUUUGACCUGUUUCAUCAAAUAACAGAUGUUUCAAUAUCGUAAUGGUUUCAUUAUGUUAGAAAUAAAUAUAUCUUUGUCUUUUCUGUAAUAGUUUCAAGUUGAGACUCUUUACUUCACGUCUGAUUAGGAGAUUAUAAGCAUUUUUUAUUUAAAUUCAAGGUUCCCCUUGAUUUUAUUUUCUCAGGAGUGUAAUUUAACUUUUUCUGUAUAAUCUUGAGCUCUCCUUGUUACAAGCUGAAUUUGAGGUUUCACUUGUUUUAACAAUGGAGGAAGGAUGGCAGUGAAGAAAAGCUUUAAGCUCCUGUUUCUACUCUACGAUUUGAACUUCUUAUGAAGUACGGCUACAGAACAGGGUCAAAACAAGCUCAGCUCAUUUAUAGUCGACCUCGAAAUAUUUAAAUGUCGUUGUUGCUGCCUCCCAGUAAACUUUCUCUGAAUAAAUAAGUUCAACCUGCUGCUUUUUCCUGGAGGUUUUCUCUUCAAACGCCUCCAUUCAUUCAUGUUGCUGAAAUAAAAGAAUGGAAAUAUCCCUGUUUUUUUUUCCCUUAAGUGAUUUUUCUGUUGUUCUGUAACUCUAACACCACAUGUAAUUUUACUGUGUUUUGUUUUCAGCUUCUGUUACUGAUCUUGUCUGUUUCAAACACUGUAGAUGGACUGUGAAAUGUUUCUGUGGGGAAAACCUCUCGAAUCCUGUUAAGGUUUAGAGGUUUUGUUGAUUAAUGUAUGAGAAUGCAGGACAUGUUUGUGAAAAGUGGUUUAAUAUAGUCUUUGU